CAAGGGCUUCAAGAAAGUGAUGGAUUUUCUGAAGGAUCUUAACCAACCGAAGGUGUACGAGCUGAAGAAAGCAUUUUGUCUGUUCGAUCUCGACGGUGAUGGUGUGAUCAGUGAGCAGGAUUUAAAAAACACCUUCUUAACGCUCGGUGUGGACAAAUCCGAGUACGACAUUGAUCAAAUGUUCGACGGGGUAGUGCAACCACUCAACUUGGACGUGUUCUUGCUCCUGAUGCUGCAACGUGCCAACGGGUUAGCACCCCAAGACGUUAUGGUCGGUGCAUUUCGUAUGUGGGACAAGGCCAACACAGGCUUCAUCGAGAAGGCACGUUUUAUUCACGAUAUAACAACAUACGGUGAUCGAUUCACACUGAGCGAAGCGCAAGAAGCUGUAGCGGAUGCUGCCAUCACACGCGGCCCGCAGCUAAACGACGAAGGACAGCUGCUGGAAAAGCUGGACUAUAUGGAUUUCGCGGAAAACAUAUCCGGCUUUCAGAAGACAGAUCACAAGUAAUGCUGCCGGAGUGGCAUUUUCGGCCACCAGGGACCGAAGAACGUUGAACGAGAGUUUCGCAGCUACUGUUUGAGGUGGAAUGCGAUGCGCACGCAGCAACACAAAGCACUAUUUCACAUGCGAACGAACAAAAAAAAAGAGGUUAGAAUUUCAAUAAACAUGCGACAGAACUCAUAACGGGGAGACUGUGCCAAGUUACAGCAAAGAUGUACUGCAUUGAAGUGCAUCCAAACGAGGGAAAGGUCAGCUGCCAUUAUGGUACAUUGCAAAAAAAAGAGAAAGCAGUUUCAUUACGCCGGGAAAGUCAUUUGGUAAUAAACUUAAAUUAUACCACAA